AUGCAGAUAUCCAGUGGGCUGCUCUCGGAGCAGAUGGUGCCUACUUCUUGCUAUUCGAAGAUGGCGCCUGCUACUGGAGCGGAGUGCAUCCGACACUGGAUGCACUGCUUAAAAGCAAGAGCGGCGGUGGCAUCCGCCGCGUGUACUUAUCGUGUGGACGGCAGGUUGGAGUGGAAUGUCGGCGAGGACUUCGAUCGGAGCAUGGGGGUGAGGCCUCAGCAGGCUCCAGGAAAGAAGCGGAAGACGGUCGCGUAUCUGUACUUGCGUCCAUCGCAAAUACGCUUUUCACACCAUGCCGUCGGGUCAGUGUUCUCAAGUGGGAAGUACAGCAUCAAGGACACGUUCUUGUCACUGCACCAGCGGAAUCUCUCGCCAGCGGAUCUGCCUCUCAUGUAUAUCGUACAGCACAACGGAGCUUCUGUGUCCAUCAGCAACCGUCGCUUGGCAGUGUGUCGACUGCUGGAAAUGUAUGGCAAGGGCGACAUCAAAGUGCCGGUUGAGUUUGUUCACAAGAUGGGAAGCUUUUCCUCGCGAUACUCCACGAAAUGCGAUGGGGAAUACGCUUACAUCCGUCAUACUAAUUUCUACAUCGGGCGCACGAGGGAGGCUACCAAUUUCGACCUGUUUGCGCACAAGCUCAGCAAGCCCCCAAUUAUGUGUCUGUGUUGUGAAUCGGAUGCCGAUAGCGACGCAAUGUGA